AUGCCAGCUCCUGGAGCGGCACUGGGCUUCCGCUGGCUCCCAUACUGCCCGCUGUGCCCGCUGCCCCAGCCACCCCUGCUGCCGGAGCCUCCUACCUGGGCCGCAACCGCCAGGAUCGCAAAGAAGCCCCGCCCCUCGGUGCAGCUGCGGGCACACAGCCUCUCCCUCUCGUCAGCACUCUUGAAAGAAGAAAAAACGUCAGUGCUAUCUCCUGAAAUCAAAUGUGAGACUUCUAAAGUCACCAGAAGUUCCUUUGGCAGUUGUUUUAUUUUUGAGAGUAGUUGGAAGAAAGCAGUUUUAGAAACACAAAAGAUUAAGAAAGAAUAUACCACAGCAUUUGGUCUAGGAGAGCUCAAAGAAUGUAUCAAAAUGCCAUAUUUACCAGGACCGCAAAGUUGCCAAAAAAGCAUAAGUUCAACUCCACUAGAGGUUCCUAAAAGACUGCCACAUGCUGAUGCCGAGGUGUCUGCAGUCAGGCUAAAGAAGACUAAGGAGACAUGCAGUGUGGCACCACUUUGGGAGAAAUCAAAAGCUGACUCCCCACUUACUCCUCCAGGUUCUGGCUUCAGUGAUCCUCUCACUGGAGCACCAUCUCAAUACUUAGAGAGACUUUCCAAAAUAGCCAUAUUGGAAUAUGAUACCAUUCGUCAGGAAACAACCAAAAAAUCAAAAAAAAGCAAGAAACGAGACCUCCGAGACUGCUGAAAAA